UACUUCUCACUAUCUACUUUUAGAUUAACGAGAAGCGAUCAUAAUGGUGAACAAUAUGGAUCACGGUUUGCCCAAGUUUUCUCUUCUAGGUUAUGAUGAUUGGAAGAUCAUGAUGGAAGCACAUCUCUACGCUCUACAUGAUUGCAUGUGGAUGGUGCUUGAGGAUGGACCCUUGAAAAUCCAAAUGGAGAACCCUGAGAGGAAUCCAGCUGCUCCAGAUGUAGUCCAGUACAUUCCAAAGCCCAAGGAAAAAUGGGAUGAUAGAGAUUGCAAAAAGCACAAUCUGGACAACGUCGCCAAAGCAGCCAUCUUCAAGACACUUGAUCCCAUCACCUUGUCCAAGAUUAAGCAUCUCAAGACUGCCAUGGAGAUUUGGCAAGGUCUUGGGAAGCUAUGUGAGGGAUCAGAGGACCUGAGAAAGCAGAAGAUAGAAGUCCUGCUUGAGAAGUUCAAAAGCUUCAAAAUGCUUCCUGGAGAAUCAUUUGAUAUGUUGGAUGAAAGAUUCCACAAGAUAUUGAAUGAUCUUGCUUCACUUAACCACAUUCUUUCUCCCAAAGAAAAGAAUGUAAGAACCUAUGAGCACGAGCUGAAGAAGAAGAAGGAAGAACAAGUCACUCCCUUCCCCACAGCAUUGAUGACAACUCCAAGAAUCCCAUCAAGUGAAGGGACAUGCACAAGAAACUGUGACACACCUUCCUCCAGCCAGCCGUCAAGCUCAAAAAUGGAGAACUACGAUGAGGAAUUUGCCAUGAUGGUCAAGCAAUUCCGGAAGUUCAAGAAGUUCUUCAAGAAGGCUGAUUCAGUCAGAAGGCCAUCCAAGGGAAAGCCACAAGUAAGUGACUCCCCUCCUGAAUCUUAUUUAUGCUAUAACUGCAGGAAGCCUGGCCACUGGAAGCCAGCAUGCCCGUACCCAAAGGUGGAGAAGUACGGAGAAAGAGAAAGGAAUGAGAAGAAAAAGAAAGCAAUGGUUGCUGCUGAAAGUGACGAGUCAUCCAGCUCAAGCUCGGAUGAAGAAGCCCUUGUCUGCAUGGAGCGCAGAGUUGAAAAGUCCAACCAUGAGGAUAGGUGGACUAUGUCAGAAGAUGACACUCUCUGCCUAAUGGCCAAAGAUGAUGCUGAUCAAGAGAUCACUCAACUCAAGACUGAAAAUGAAUCUCUCUCUGAAAAGGUGAAAUCCCUUAACAAAGAGCUAGGGAUACUUAAGUCCAAAGAAGCAGUGAACAAGCUUCUUGAAACGACCAAACAUAAGGGUCGCAAAGGACUUGGGUUUGACCCCUCUAGUUCCAAAAGGAAAGGGAAAACAACUUUCAUCCCUCCUAAACCUACUGCCAAACCAAAUAAGCAGAAAGGGAAGGAAAAGGAGAAACCAACAGAAGUUCCCAAAAAGUUUUGUGAUAAAGGUUACUCCUUGGAAUUCUGCAAGGACAUGGCAUCUCUCAAGAACAUCUCCACAAAUGAAGUCAUUCUCACUGGGAAGAGAAUCAGAAACAUCUAUGAAGUGAUAUGGAACGAUGUCAAGGAAGCAUGUCUAAUCAGCAAAGGUGACACUAACCUUCUAUGGCUUUGGCAUAAGAGAAAUCCCUGCAAGUUCCACUCUUUCUUCUCUAAGCUUUUUCCACCAUUAAUGGAGUUUUGGGAAGAAAACUCUAGGUUCGAAGAGAAGACCUCAAGAAAAGGAAAGCUAGAAGUAGAUAGUGACGUCCGUUUGUUGAACGUACGUGAGGUGUUAAGAUCAUUGUGUUCCCCUACGAACUCUAAGGUAAUAAGCUAUGGCGUCCAUACGGAAGAUGUUGAUGCGGGAGAGUUGGUCAUCCAGAAAUCGAACAGCGGAAUGCUCAGUGUCGGGUUGGGUGGUAUCCCCAAACGAGUUCCUCUAGUUUGGUUUGCAGAUCCCAGUUUCAUUCCGGGGUACAUAGCAACACGACGGGUCUACGGACCUACGUACGGUGUAGAGCAUACAGUUUCCAGCAACUAUUACAAAUAUUUUGAGAUGAAUCAUGACGUGGAAGCUUUCAUUGUUCUUCCUGGAAGAGUUGAUACUAUGGAAGGUUUGUUUACCUUGAUCUCAUGGGCUUCUGAAGGGUUACACAAUAGACCCAUUGGUAUUUUAAACAUUGACGGUUAUUUCAAUAACCUUCUCAAAUUCUUAGACGAUGCGGUGAGGCAGAACUUCAUGGCUUUCAGUCAGAGGAAACUUUUUAUUUCUUCUUUGUCUGUUGACGAGCUUUUAGACAAACUAGAGUUUGCUAAAGCUUUCCCGGGACCUGGGGUUAGUUAUGAUGAAUUUGUGAAUCCUAGGAGAUUAGACUUAGAAUUGCAUCUGUAACAUUCCUCAUAUGAUCCAAGUUGUAUGUUGAAAUGAUAUUUUCCAUAAAUAUUAUUCUAGGCUUGAUAUUCGGCCAUCACAAGGAAGAGAGAAGAAAAUUUUAUUUUGUGUUCAAAGUUAUUUUUCUAAAGUGUUAGAAAUAUACACAAAAUAUUAUAAACAAAUAUUUAUAAGAUAAAUAUUUUACUAUAUAUUUAUUACUCCCAAAGUAGUAUUAUUAUAGUUUUUACUAUCCUAUAUUAAACUUGCUAGCACAAGUUUAAUCUUGGACUCCGGAGCAAGUUCGUGUGGAUACGUUGGAGGCUUCAUACGUUUGGCGCUACGUUCAUC